CCCACCGAGGUGCGUCUCACUCCUGAACGUGGCACCGAGUUUAAUGCUCACUGAACAAACCAGAAAUCCCACAAAUAAGGUACGAGUCAUGUUCCUGAUGUAUAUGUUUCUACUGUCUGCUCUUCCAAACGCGCUUCCCGCCGGCUCCAUCUUCUGUCCAGACCCGGAGGCAUAUCACAUGACUGAUUGUCUCGGGUUGCGCUUCACCUGGAUACACUCGGUCUUCGAUAACUUCCCCUCCAUGCUGAGCUUUGUGUCGAAGCUGCACUGUGCGACGGGGAUUUGCCCACGUGACCUGGAAGAUUAUGGCUGCUCCUGCAGAUAUGUGGCAGCUGGAAACCCCGUGGAUGCUCUGGACGUGUGCUGCGAGGCUCACCGGCUGUGUUACCAGAACGCUGCCCCCUGCAGGCAGGAGCUGCCGCUUGCCCCGUACAACUUCAGCUGUGCGGCAGCUGCAAACACCAGCUGUGAUGCUGCUGAUUUGUGCCAGCAGAGGUUCUGUGAAUGUGACCGGGCCGCCAUGGACUGCAUGACUCAGAGCCCGUACAACUCAUCGCUGAGAGGCCUCGCCGACACGUCCUGCUCAGCUACAAAUCAAACAGUUUGGCAAAAUGGGACCAAAUCCAUGACUCGUGCUGUGGAGGACGAGGAGGAGAGUGAAUCAAAAUCACAGAUCAAUACAGAGCUGCUCGGCGGCAUCGAGGACACAGGUGAAGUCUUCAGAGCAGCAGAUGUUCUCCCAGCAGAAAACACCUCAGAAAGCUUUAAUUUCUCCAGCUCGUCCUUCUUGCCAGCAGCAGGGAUGGACCCACCAACAACAGGCAGGGUGGAUAACCAGAGUGACACCGAGGCCAUGGAGUACAACCUCAGCACUCCAGCGCCGCUGAUGCCUGCUGAGGAGCUUGAGGAAGGCGCAGGAGGUGCAGCAGAGGUGGAAGAGGCAGAGAUGACACACCUGAGUUAUAUCUCUAAAGAUCUGAAUGAGAGCGCCGCAGAGGAAGCACUCGAGCAGGAAGAGAUAAAUGGGGAUCAGAUGACCCACAAUCCUCCAGCAAUCAGCCGGGAUUCAGGUUUGCGCUUUCAUGGCGAAGAGACGCCAACUGAAGCAGAAUCCGAGCUGACUUCUUCACUGAGCUCCGCCACUGAAAACGCACAGGUGAAUCAAACGGGAGCAUCAGCGCCGCUCGGUCACAUUUUACCAUCGACUCCUCCCACUCCUCCUACAACUCCCAGAGAGCUGACAUCAGCAGCCGUGGAAGAAUCAGCCGAGACAGGUUUAAUCUUAGCCCCAACAACAACCACCACGAGUCCCUCUGAGUCAUCUGAGGAGGAAGGAAAUGGGAAAGAGGAGGAGGACAAUGAAGAGGAGCAAGAGUCUGGUGAGCACUUCUUUGAUGUGCUCAAAACUACAACAAUGACAACAGCAACAACACCAUCAGCCCCAAGGAAAACUCCUCACACAGGUGAAACGCUCCCAACAUCUGCAUCAACCACAUCUUCAUCAGCGGCUACAGUGAGAACCAUCGCAGAGACGACACAGAGGAGACCGGCCACCUCCGUCACACCGCGGUGGGAGGUCCACACCCGAAGCACAACAGCAGCGGUUUUAAAACCUCCGCCACACUCCACCGCCGAGGCUGGAUCCGAGGAAAAGACCGGAACAAUGACGGUCAAACCUCCGAGUGUGGAAGGAGGAGAGGAGGACGACUUGCGGGAGAAAGACUCGGACGACUGGUUCGCUCCUCAGAGGAGGGCGGUGCCGUUCUUCGCCUGGUCCCUGCUGGAGUCUGUUGGGCUGACUGACAUCGACCUGCAGCCAGACACCAAAGAAUGCAGUCGCUCCUUCAGCGUGUACGCCAGCGACGGUCAGUCCAGGCGGGAGAUGCCGGCGCUGGGGGAGAUGCUCCACUGCCUGACGGGACGCUGCCCACACGAGUACGAGAUGUACGGCUGCUACUGUGGACAGGAGGGCGGCGGUCAGCCUCUGGAUCAGCUGGACAGGUGCUGCUUCUUCCAUCAUUGCUGCCUGAAGCAGAUCAGCUCGAUGGGCUGCAGGCCGGAGAGGAAGCUCAACGCUCAGAUCUCCUGUGAGAACGCAAAACCACGAUGUCAGGGGGUCACUGUGUGCGACAAACUACAGUGUGUAUGCGACAAAACCACAGCAGAGUGCAUGGCGGCCGCACACUUUAACCACAGCCUGCCGGCGCCGCAGUGCCACGGGUCGACGCCCCCCUGCCGCCGAGCCAGCAGACCCCCCAAACCUCUGAGGGUCUCCCCCCAGUCCAGCGAGGAGUCGGACAUGGAGGUCGGGGACGCCAGCAGUGAGGAGGACACGGCUGCGAACACACCUCCACCUCUGCAACCUCCUCACAGCCAUGACAGCUCCCACCUGAAGGACGCCGAGAAGUCGACUCCUUCUGCUGGAUCACCCGGAGACCUGACACAUCCUCCUCCUCCUCUCUCUCCCCCUCCUUCUCCUGCUGCCUCCAGUGAGGAGAGCGGGGAGCGACCGACACUCAGCGGGGUUCAAACCCAGAACCCGAGGCCGAGUGCAGGGCAGGGCCAGGGGCAGCAACCGGGAGACAGAGAGGAGGAAGAACAAGAGGGUAGAGAAGAAGAGGAGGAGGAGGAGGAGGAGAAAGAUGGAAAAGAAGAAGAGGAAGAGGAGGAAACGGAGAAAGAGGAGGAGGAAAAAUAGAAGCUAAAGAAUUCCUUCUCUGUGACAGUCGUGAUGUGAAGUCAUUUUGGGGCCUUGCUGUGUCACAAGCUGGACUCAAUGUUUUCUGACAUCUUUGAUUCAAAAAAGAAGAAAAUCAGUUUAUUUACUUUGAUUUUUUUUAAACACAUGAAAUGAAUCUGUUGAAUAAAUGACGGCAAACACGCCUCUCUGGGAUCUUCCUCUGAUUGGUUCAGAGAGCCGACAGUAAUAAAGACACAACAACUCAACAGCUUUGAUAGAAACACUUUAAUCUCAAUGCACAUUUUUCUAUUUCAAUAGAGGCUUUGUAAUGAAGCGCUGAGGCUCUGCUGCUGCCGAGCUUCACAGAAAUAAUGUGCACUGAACGCUUUAUGCUUUUGCUCAGUCGAUGAAUCAAAAUGGAAAAUAAAACAUGAAACUACUUCCAGCUUCUUACGUUUCCUGCUUUUCUCUGUUCCACGUGAUUGGGAACUGAGAUGUUUCAGGAAGUCCCUUUGAAUUUCUAAGACCAAAUUAAUCAAACGUGACAAGAUAAUCUAAACUCAGAUACUUCCUGACUCACUGGAGCUUUGUGCAAACAGCAAAUCCAGGUUUGGGAAAAGUGCAGUUCCUCUUAUGUCCACUUGAGGCUCCAGAAGCAGCUGAGGUCACGUAGCUGUAGUUUUGUCAUUGAGAUGAAAAGUUGAAAGAAAUGCACCAAAACAACAAUGAAGGUGAACGCGUGAAGCAGCAGCGGGAGCCUCAGCGCCAUCUAGUGGUUAAAACCAUCAGUGUGAUUGAAACAAAGCCGAGCUAUAGCAAGUUUGUCACUGUGAACACGGACGCGACGCCUUUAAUCUCUAAAACUGGCACAAAAAUACAUCAGAAACAUAAAAAAGAACAUUGGAAGCUUUUUUUUUUUGUUCUUGACAUUUUACAGCUGGAAAAAAAUCCAUCUUGAAAGGUGAAGAGUUCAUGUGAAUAUUCUGCUCUCUUCUUUUGUCUUAGUUUUAGGACUCAGAUCACCAAUCAGGAGGGAAACUUUUCACAGCUCCACAGAGAUCAUUUCAUCAAAAAUACUUCUAAGAUCUGUUUGUACCAAACACACAUCGGUGCCGAUUUAUUUCUGCUAUAGUACCAGGUACACAGUGAUCAAAGUGCAAACA